AUACCACAUUGUGCAAGCAUUGCUAUGAGGCUCAUCGUAACACUCUUAGAUAUCUUCUGAGAGGCUCGGACCAUACAAACAUCAAUACGCCAAAUGUAUUCCUCUCAUACCAGGAAAUACUUGAGAAAUCGAGAUCCCUGAAAAAAGAGAACAUGAAUCUUACUAAAAAGGUAGUUUAUGCCAAUAGGCUCCUACGAGAGCAAAGAUCUAAUCGUGUUAAUGCUCCAGCUAAUUUCAAGGUCAAUGCAUCUCAACUUGGUCAAAUGGUAGACACAGCAAUAGAAAAUAAAUGGUUGUCAUCUGAUUCCAUUCUCUUUCAUAUCUUACAAGAUUCUAUGCUAUCCCUACAAAGACAAGAAACCCAAUUUGAAAGAUCAAAGGGAAAAUUAACAAAAGAGAAAAAGAAACCACGUCCUAAAGGUAUGCGAUAUAGUCCCUUGACAAUAAAAUGGUGUUGCCGCAUUGCAAAUCAAUGUAGAGAGAGUGGCUAUGAUGCAAUAAGUAACAUCCUUCCAAUUCCAAGAUGGAACACCAUCAAACAAUAUAGGCAGCAAUCAUGUAACUCUGACCCAAUUAAUCUUGAAAACAUUUCUAAAAUGGUUCAGGAAAUUAAACGAAGAAAAUGCAAGGGUGUCGGCGGUAUUCAUUUUGAUGAGAUAAUAAUUAAGAAAGGAUUAUGUAUCAAUAAGCGAACAGGAAAUUUAGUAGGUUUUGAAAACUUGAACAUUCCAGAAGAAUACCUUUGCAACAUCCAUGAAACCCAUGAAACAAAAUCCUCUCAAGAAUCCUCCCAAGUAAAUGAAGAGUCACAAUCUAGUUCACAAUCAUCUCAUUGUUUUUCCACACAAUCUUCAACAACAGAUGAUCAAACUAUCCCUGAAAAAAAUAAACUAGCUACCAUGAUAUGUCAAUUUUUCUUCACCAGUAUUGAGGGAGAUUUUUGUUGGCCCGUAGCUUCAUUUCCAGUGGCAAGGGUUAACCAUAUGAAAAUUGAUGCAAUGCUAUGGCAAGUGAUCCAAUGCCUGAGUAAAAUUGAACUCAAUGACAAAGAAACCAUGCAAAUUCUUUAUUCAGUCUGCGAUGGAUCUGCAUAUUCACGUGCUUUUUUUAAAACAGCAGGAAAUAGCAAUUUUGUAUGUCCGAACCCAUAUAAUGACAACAAACCAAUUUACUGGCUUUCUGAUUUUCCACACUUGAUAAAAAGACUUAGAAAUCACCUAAUCUCCAGCAAUAGACAUAUGCAUUUUGAUGGCCAUGAUAUAUCUCCAUCCUUUAUCGUGGAUCUCAUAAAAAACGACAAUACUAUGCUGAAGUGGAAACACAUUGUUCUCAGUGCGCGCACUAAAAUGAGUGUAAAGCGAGCAGUUCAACUACUUUCCUAUUCAACCAGUGAAGAUUUGGCUGAACAUUACUUCGAUAAAACUAUCCAAUUAAGAAAGUACAUUAGAACAUCAGCAAUGUUUUUUGAGACACUCAAUUCAUGUGCACCAAAACCAAACUUUGUCCGCCAACUCCUCCAAGUAAAGAAAUAUUUUACUGAUUGGAAUGCUGAGGUGAGACAAUCAUCUGCAUUUAGAAGGAAUGGCUGCUCAUUGCGUGACCAUUAUAAAUCAUUUAUUACACAUGAAUCUUUCUCUGAUAUUGUACGAACUAUCAAUGGAACUAUAGGGUUAUUCUCAUAUUUACAACUUUACCAUGAAAAUGUUAAUUUUGUUCCAAAAUCCCUUUCCCAAGAUGAUGUUGAAAAUUAUUUUAGUUUACAAAGGGAACGCAUUGCAGGAUCCAAACCAACUGUAAACCAGUACUUUGAAACAAAUACAACAUUAGCUACUGAUCAGUUAUUGAGAGGAGAGUUCUCAGACAUCAAUGACACUGUAGGUUCAUAUAAUGCACUGAACUUGCCUAAUUUAGCCAAAGUUCCUCUCAAGAGAAGAUCAAAAAAUGGCAAGGAUGAAACAGACCUUUUUCAUAGCACUGCUAAUUGGCAAGAUGAUUCUUUAUCAUAUGAGAAUAUUGGCGAUGGACAACUUCCCAGUGAUUCUCCCCUCUUACUCUCUAUGUCAGGUAUGUCAGGCAGGGACCGCAAAGUUCUGAAAAAGCAAUUUAAAGAAAUUACAGCUUAUAUAGAACUAAAUACUCCUCAUGUUUUGAUGACAGGUGCUCAGCGUCUUACAAACACACUGAAACAGGUCAGAAAUUGGCCAAAUGUACAACAAUUUUUGGUUGAAAUUGAUUCAAACUUAAGAAAUCAAUUUUUCUGCACUGGUUUUUGGAAGCCUGAUGUACUUUUAUCAGCUCUAAAUUUCUAUCAUAGUGAUGUAAAAACAAGGCAAGCAUGGUACAGGUUACUGAAUGCAUUGGAAUACCCAUCAUUAGAUUCAACUGAUACUGCAUUUGUAUUUGGUCAUGUCAUCAAAAGGUUUCUCAAACAAAGAUGUUUGUAUUAUAUUCGGAAAGACAAUCUUUGUCCCAGUGAAAACGAUCAUAGUGCAAUUAGGCAAUACUUGAAAUCCUACAGCGGAAAUGAGCCAAAAUUAAAUAUUC